CUUUUAUUAGAGUAGUAGCCGGAUUAGUAAACAUCCACAAAAUUAAUAAGAGAAAUUUUAAAUUUUGAAGCCUUAUCAUCAUGGAUGUUUUUAUUCUUAUCUCUUAUAAUCGAUAGUAUACCAAGCCCAUUUUACCAUCUCUAACGGGACCCAUUGUUUACUAUUAUUUUUGGCCAAACAAGAGAAAUUAAGCAAAAAUGCCGCCGAGUAAGCUAGAUAGUCUUUAUCGGCGCAUGCUGAUAACCAGGUUCUUCGAAAAAGGAUGGGGCAAGCCCGAAAAUCUACGCAAAGUAUUUCAGUUCCGAAAAAUAAUAUCUAGUAGGGAAUCAUGUUUCAAGCUUGUGCCCCGCGAUUAUCCCGUGGAGAUAACCAAAAAAGAAAUCAGCGGCGAGAGCACCCUAAUAGAAGGCCAGUUCCUGACCCCCCUUGAGUUGCACUUGCCCGGCGUUGUUCCAAAAGCAUCACAACAAGCCCACUUUCAGCUCUUGAUACCGAACAAGUGGAAGAGUGAGAAGCACAAGCCAGUAUGCAUUCACUUGGCCGGAACCGGUGAUCAUUUUUUUUGGAGGCGAAGAAACUUUGUGGCGAAACCCCUGCUUAAAGCGGCCAAUAUAGGAUCUAUCAUACUGGAAAAUCCAUUUUAUGGACUGCGAAAACCCAACGACCAAACGCGAUCUAAUCUGCAUAAUGUCUCGGAUAUCUUUGUGAUGGGUGGAUGCCUCAUUCUCGAAUGCCUUGUGCUGUUGCAUUGGUGUGAAAGGAAUGGUUUCGGCCCUCUGGGUGUCACUGGACUGUCCAUGGGGGGACACAUGGCAUCUUUGGCAGCCACCAAUUGGCCAAAACCUUUGGUACUUGUGCCCUGCCUAUCCUGGUCCACCGCCUCAGCAGUCUUUACAACUGGUGUCAUGAGCCAAUCCAUCAACUGGGAUAUGUUAGAAACGCAGUAUUUUUCCGAUGGACAGUACCGAGAACGUCUCUCCAAAAUGGUCACUGUGAUAGACGAUGCUUUUUCGGCCGGACAAAGUUUUAUCAAGAACUUUAACCAGUCUCUGCACGAGCUGAAAGAAGACAUUAGUGACACGAGAAAAAUCCAAGAGCAUGAGAGAAAUACCAACACCUGUGGCGACAUAUAUGAAACACAGGCCGCCAGCAGCUGCUCCCCAGAUGCCGACAGUUCAAUAUUCUUAACCAAGUCACUGAAGAACUCCAAGCUCGACUCUGACAACCUAACCAUAGAUAAUAGUAAACAGGACCUCAGUCAAAAGGUUGAUGGCAUCGACAAAGACGCCCUGCCUAAGGAGUCGACAAAAUCAACGUUGACAAACUUGAUGAAAUUUAUACUCCCGCUGUCGGCGCAGAACAAAUCGGAUAAGAUAGACAUAACCAAGACGAACUGGUGGGAGAGGGAGGCGUUGCAGUUCAUGCGCGGCAUGAUGGAUGAGUGCACCCACCUGAAAAACUUCUCUGUUCCGUUCGACACCUCGUUAAUAAUUGCGGUGUGUGCGAAGGAUGAUGCCUAUGUGCCGCGAGAGGGCUGUUCCAGUCUCGAGGAUAUAUGGCCCGGGGCAGAGGUGCGCUAUUUGGAUGCUGGUCAUGUGAGCGCCUAUGUUCUGCACCAGAAAUUGUUUAGAUCCUGCAUCAUCGAGGCCUUUGACAGGGCCAAGGAAGUAUAUGGCAAGGACACGGGUGAAGACCUCAAAUGUGAUAUUACCUAUCAGCAAUUGUUACAGAAAUAUGACAAAAAUAUUAGUUAGGACAAUCAAUUUAGGGAAUUAAAUAGUAAAACAUAAUAAAUAAUAUGUUGCCAUAUAA